AUGGGCUUCUGGGGAAAAGCUUUCCUUGACUACGGAAAGACGCUCAAGCAAGAGGAAGUCCCUUCUCCUGUUUGGAAAGAAGGAUACGUUUUUAUCAGCAUCAAGAAGGUGGACCGAGCCAAAACCUGCGGACUCAGGGAACCCAGUUCAGUAAAACACUUAGACGACUGGGAGAGUUGUGCCCCGCCCGGGCUGCGCCGCCUUCCCGGGGGCCCGCCAGGGAAGAUUCCGGCCCUGCGCACGCGAGCCAGGGCAGCCGUGGGCCACGCGGCGCGUGUGCGUGGCAGCGCUGUGGGUGCGUGCCAGUGCGCGCGCCAGGCGGGGCGGCGAGCGAGCCCCGCGAGUGUGGGCGCGAGUGUGAGCGCGAGUGUGAGCGCGAGCGCGGCCGCCGCCCGGGGCUCGCUCGGCCCCGCAGCCUCGGACAAGCCCCUCGGCCGCGGGGCUCCUCCGACUCUCGGCUCCGCUCACUCCGCCGCAGAGCGGGCUCGGCUAGGACUCUGUGACCCCGCCGUCCCUCUCCCGCUCCCUUUUCUCCCGCCAGGAGAGGAGCAGGGCUCCCUCCGCCUGCUCCGGACGGCGCCGAGCGGGGCGUCAAGGGGGCCGUGGCGGACGGGACCUCGGGCUCGCCGGUCGCGAAGGCGCCACAGCGCGGGGGACAGGACGAGCGGCGGGGGCGGCGGCGCAGCGCCCGCCGAAGCUUCCAGGGGCCCCGCUGACGGUCCUUGCCAGCUCCGGGCAGCCCCGGCGCGGCUGCCCCGACGCCGGGCGCUUGCUCGCCGGGGGAUCGCGACCGGGCGGGGCGGGGCGCCGGGGUGCGUGCUCUCCGGCAGGCGAGCGAAGGGCCCGGCUGCGGCCCCCGCGCCUCCCCACUACCGCCGCCUCCCCACUGCCCGCGGCCCAGCCGUGCCACCUCGAGCCCCCCGCCGGCGGCGCGGGGCCAGACCCGACCGAGAGCGGAAGACCCGAGAGGCAGGGACGGAAGGCGAGGAGAGCAUCAGAACUCCAGGGGAAAAGCCAAGCCGACUGAAAGCCAGGGAACAUAGCAGCCAGCACCAGAGAGCACAAGUUCCCCACCAUAGCUCUGCAGCUCAAGAGGAAAAAGGAAAAAGGCCUGAUGGAUUCUGAAUUCCUCCUGCCUUCUUUGAUCUGCAAGACUGACGCUAUCCUGAGGGCUCUAUCUGGCUCCCGGAC